AUGGGCAGCCGUAGAUUCACUCUCUCUGAUUGGCUCAACAAGCUCAAACACAUCGCCCACGGCGCGAGAAAGAAGACGGCCUCAUCGCCGGCGGCCACCGAGCAGUCGCCUUCACCGGGCCGCAAGCUCGCCGCCGAGGAGCCGCCUAGGAAGGCCGAGAGGGCGGUCGUCGCCUCCCCCGUCGACGUCGGGUGCGGCAGAAGGGUUCGAAGGAGGUGCAAGCCCGCUCCGGUGCGGCUGAGAAAGAAGGCGGCGCGGUGGCAGGGGAAGGGGGUGCUGGCGGGGAGCUCGGCGGUGGUGAAGGCUUCUGCGGACCCGCAGAGGGACUUCCGGGAGUCCAUGGUCGAGAUGAUCGUUGAGAACGGCAUAACCGGCUCCGGUGACUUGGCUGAGCUCCUCGCCGUCUACCUGUCGCUCAACUCCGGCGAGUUCCACGGUCUCAUCGUCAGGGUGUUCAAGCAAAUUCUGUUCGAUCUCAAUUUUUUUUGUUUCCCAGAAACAAAAAUUAGAAAUUUGAAUUUCAGUUUACCCCGCAACACUUUAACUACCUUUACGAAAUGCCCCUCGUAA